UGAAGAACGCUGGUUCUGUUGUGGAUGCUGUAACGUGGCAACAUUACUACAUGGAUGGCAGAGUGACCAAAGUAGAGGACUUUCUGAAGACGCGCCUGCUGGACACCCUGACCGAACAGAUCACCAAAGUACUCAAGGUAGUGAAUAGCCAUGCACCUGGUAAGAAGGUGUGGUUGGGGGGAGUAGGUCCGGCGUGGGCUGGAGGAACCAAUAACCUCUCUGAUACCUAUGCUGCUGGCUUUCUGUGGCUGAACACUCUGGGCAUGGCAGCGGUGCAGGGGAUUGAUGUUGUCCUGCGACACUCGUUCUUUGACUAUGGAUACACACACCUCGUAGACCAGCACUUUAACCCACUACCGGACUACUGGUUGUCCCUGGUGUUCAAGCGUCUGGUCGGUCCCAGGGUGUUGGCAGUGCGGGUAGCAGGCUUGCAGAGGAAACCACGACCAGGGAGGGUUAUACGAGACAAACUACGGAUCUACGCACAUUGUACCAGCUUCCACAAUCGUAACUACGUGAGAGGAUCCAUAACGAUCUAUAUCAUCAACCUGCAUCGGUCGAGGAAGAAAAUCAAGCUGGCGGGAACCUUACGUAACAUGACUGUCCAUCAGUACCUGGUACAGCCCUAUGGGACAGACGGACUUCACGCCAGGUCAGUCCAGUUGAACGGAGAAAGGUUGUUGAUGGUGGACAAUGAGACAUUUCCGGAGUUGAAGCCUCGGACGCUGCGGGCGGGAAGGACAAUAGCCAUGCCCCCUAUGACCAUCGGCUUCUACGUCAUCAAGAACAUCAACGCCUACGCCUGCCGCAAAUAAUACUCAACACACUCCUCCUCACCCUUCACCCCGAAAUCCUUCACCCUCCCCCCACACUCCUCACCCCCUAGCCCUCAUCUCUCCUCACCCCUCACCACUCCCACCGUUUCCUAAUACCAGACCACCUCCUCACCCCUCACCACCCCCACCAUUUCCUAAUACCGGACCACCUCCUCACCCCUCACCACCCCCACCAUUUCCUAAUACCGGACCACCUCCUCACCCCUCACCACCCCCACCAUUUCCUAAUACCGGACCACCUCCUCACCCCUCGCUCCACUUAUCCUUACUUCCUAGCCCUCAUCCCUCCUCACCCCUCACUCCACUUCUCCUUACUUCCUAGCCCUCAUCCCUCCUCACCCCUCACUCCACUUAUCCUUACUUCCUAGCCCUCAUCCCUCCUCACCCCUCGCUCCAGUUAUCCUUACUUCCUAGCCCUCAUCCCUCCUCACCCCUCGCUCCACUUCUCCUUACUUCCUAGCCCUCAUCCCUCCUCACCCCUCGCUCCACUUAUCCUUACUUCCUAGCCCUCAUCCCUCCUCACCCCUCGCUCCACUUCUCCUUACUUCCUAGCCCUCAUCCCUCCUCACCCCUCGCUCCACUUAUCCUUACUUCCUAGCCCUCAUCCCUCCUCACCCCUCGCUCCACUUCUCCUUACUUCCUAGCCCUCAUCCCUCCUCACCCCUCACUCCACUUAUCCUUACUUCCUAGCCCUCAUCCCUCCUCACCCCUCGCUCCACUUCUCCUUACUUCCUAGCCCUUACUUUCUACCUUUGGUUCGUCAUCACUAUUCCCUAGACCCUGGUCUGACUCUGAAAGGAUUGCUCUUUGUCCAAAACAAGGGUUGCACUGAAUACCUUUCAAUCGCUCUCUACACCAACUCCCCAUGUGUUGUGAGAUGGACAGUGAUUAUUCUACUACGUGAUUUUGUAUUGUUUUGUAAAAAGGUUAUUGAGUUUUGUUAUGACAGUACUUCUAUGUCAGAAGGUUGUAUCAUCCUCCAACAAGACUUCUCUUCCAUGUCUUUGAUCAUCAGAUCUACUAACGGUCACUCAGCUUUGUAUCUGCCAGCAACUCUUAUUGUUUCCCCUGCAAACUCCUUUCAACUCUCUGUUGUUGAUACUCACAAACUCCUGGCAGACGGUUAGACAGAAAGAAGAGAAAACAUGGAGAAAACACAACCAGUCAACCGCAGGGCAUGUGUUAGCUCCAACAGCCAUGUCUGCUGUCUGAUUGAAUUAUCUGUGUGUGUGUGUGUGUGUGUGUGUGUGUGUGUGUGUGUGUGUGUGUGUGUGUGUGUGUGUGUGUGUGUGUGUGUGUGUGUGUGUGUGUGUUCCUGCGUGAGUGUGUGUGAAUACCCCUGCUGAUGAGCCUGUCCUUGUCUACCAUGUCCAUCAGGGAAAACAUUGUAUCUUGCUUUCUGAAACAGCUCGUCUUACAUCUAUAACUAAACGGUUCAUUGGUAAUUGGGAAUCUCUUUGUGGUAUGUCUGUUGUCUGAAUGACAGUUUAAGGCAGCGAUGCACAUCCAGGGCUGGGGAGUAACUGAUUACAUGAUUUCUUAUUUUUUUAUUAAUGUAUUCAGUUACAUUACCAGCAAAGAUAUUGUAAUCAGAUUACAGAUACUUUUGAAAAACUAGAUGAUUACUUAUUGGAUUACUUUUCAAUUCAGGAAGGUUGUUUGUGGAAAAAAAUAAAUUGACACCUUUCUGUUUUGUCAAUGACAUUAAAAAAAAGGCUCAAGUUUAAGUUUGUUCCAUCGUAGCAAUUCUGACCACAAGUCAGAGACCACUAUGAUGACACACCAAGGGGGAAGUUAUCCAAAAGUAACUGAAAGUAAUCAGAUUACACUACUGAGUUUGGGUAAUCCAAAAGUAACGUUACUGAUUACAAUUUUGGACAGGUAACUAGUAACUGUAACAGAUUACAUUUAAGAAAGUAACCUACCCAACCCCGUCACAGCAGAGUAUCCAUCUUCAGAAAGAAAAGAAAGGGACAGAGUCGGGUUACUGGUUACUGGUCGGGUCACUGGUUUAAUGUUCAUUGUUCUGUAAUACGAAACAACAAACAUUGCAUUUACAGUAUUUCUCUCUAGCAGCACAGAGCGGGGUCAAUAUGAACAUACAGUCUGCAACUGAAAACUUCUUGUCACUCAACCUCCCAUUCAUAUUUCAGAAGCAUACCCAUCACUACACGUCUAGUCCAAUGUACAGUCAUAUUAUGCUGCUAGCUUUUAUUAUUAAAUACUUAUUAAAGGGCAAUUCCAUCACUUUUCAACCUCCUUUUCAUUAUUCACAGCACAAUAUAUCGGUCUACAUAUUUGAAAACGGUACAUUUCUACGUUUUGUAGAACAAGUUCUACCCGAUGACAUCAUUAAAAGCUAAAACAUUUUACAAACAGUGUUUGUCAAACACUAUGAGAUUUGUGGUGACAUGGGGAGGAAGAACAUACCCUCCCUCUGGCUAGAAACUCGUUGGUGUUUUUACUUUUAAUCCGACCAGUAUUUUUUAAGACCUUUCUUAUCUUAUUAGCUACAGAUCAUAGAAACUCACAUAUGUAGACACUGGUUUGGGACUGGAGAUAAUGAAUAUAAUGUUGAAAAGUGGCGGAAUUGUCCUUUAAGUUUGGAUUGUUUUGUACAGAAUUCCCUUAGCCGGUGUAUCAUCAUCCUAUUUGAAUAUGUAAUGUAUAUAAAAGUGUGUUAAUUACAGAAGAUGCGUGCUUGAAGUGUUUACUUACAUAUCAUUGUAAUUUAAAUCUAAUGUAUAUUUGUAUGUAAUAAUUUUUUAUGUUGAGGAAGCAAAAUUGAACUCAAUGGUACCUUUUGGGUAAGACUGAAACAGAACCCUAAGUCAAAUUGACAAUGACGGUACAGUAAAUGGUAUGUAACUAUUCUCCAGUGUAUGUAUAGGGUAGGGAAAGGUAGAUUUGAUCCUUUUUUUAUGUGUGUUAAAUAGUAAUAAGCAUAUUUUUCCUCCUCUGAAUGUGUUUCAUAGUUCAUGUAGAGUUGUUCAUAUUUCCUUUUUUAAAAUAGCAUUAUUUUAUUGUGUUAAGUGUGCAAUUGAGCAUUAUUUUUUGGAAAAGAAAAUAUAUACAGCGAUAAUAAAAUAUUUACAAUAA